AUGCUUCCAAAACUCUCAUAUAUGAGGCAGAUUGACGAAGUGCAAGCAGCUUCUAUAUUUUUCAGAGCUAUGAGGAAAAUUAUGAUUGAUUUAUGUCAAAUUUCCUGCCAACAAAAAGUUGAUGAUUUGGCACAUUUUGCACCACCUGGCCGUUCUCUCAACUGUGUCGCCAUUCUUCAACGUGUUUGCCACAGCGGAAUCGUUCGUCUGGAGUUUAUGUGUGAAACAAAGGAUAAAAUUUUUGUGGUGAUGGAAAAGCUGAAUGGAGAUAUGCUAGAGAUGAUUCUUAGCCAGGCUGCUGGACGUCUUGACGAACGUGCCACACGAUUUCUUCUCGUACAAAUAUUAUCUGCAUUACAAUAUCUUCAUAAACAAGGCAUCGCUCAUUGCGAUCUAAAACCAGAAAAUGUCCUGCUUUCCGAGAUGAAUACGAAUUUUCCACAGACGAAAAUAUGCGAUUUUGGAUAUGCCAGGUUUAUCCCGGAAUCCCAAUUCCGAAAGACAAUCGUUGGCACACCUGCUUAUCUGCCACCGGAAGUACUGCUCAGGCAGGGGUAUAACAAAUCGCUAGACAUGUGGUCCGUCGGCGUGAUCAUCUAUGUAACCCUUUCCGGGACAUUUCCUUUCAACGAAGGAGAUGAGGUAAGAGCUUCACUACAAUGA